AUGGUCCUGUGCGUCAAACGUGUCUUGCAGUCAACUUUAAAAGAAUCGGCCCCCCAAGAACAUGCGUUGCAAAGUUUCCUUAUUGAAGCGGAAAAUAUUGUGAAUUCUCGUCCCAUAACGCACUUGCCCCUGAGCCAUGAAGAUGAGGAACCACUAACGCCUAAUCAUUUUUUGCUCGGUUGCCCUAAUACAUCGCAAACUCCUGCCGGAGAAAUAAAUGAUCAACCAGUUGCCCUAAGAAAGCAGUGGCGCAUAUCCCGUCAAUUGCGUGACCACUUCUGGAAGCGGUGGAUUAAAGAAUAUUUGCCCACAUUGACUAGACGUUCUAAAUGAUGUGAACGUACAAAGCCCAUUGCUGUUGGUGAUUUGGUUCUAAUUUGUGAUCCAACUGUGUCCCGCAGAGAUUGGAAGCGCGGUAGAGUUGAAGAGGUGUUCAAAGGGAGAGAUGGUAUUAUUCGACGUGCUGAUGUUCGCACAAAUACUGUUGUAUUAAGACGCCCUGUUUCCAAGCUGGCCAUACUCGAUUUGCAGUAGUGAAUCGUAGCCGAUCCACGGGGGUGGGGAUGUCGCCUAAUGGCUCAUAGAGGAGCGAAUUUUAUUUAUUAGUUUUAUUUGAUUUAUUUGUUUUAUUUUUUUCUUUUAUAUGUCCCUUUAAAUUUGUUUUAUUUCUUUAAUUUGAUUUAUAUUUAUUGAGCCACCUUAAUGUUGUUUAUAAUUGUAUGAUCAUUGUUGUUAAUAUUCGUUCAUAUGACCUUUAGGAUUUUUUAUAUUGUUCUUUUUAUUCCCUUUUGUUCUUAUUUGUUUACGAACUCAACGCACUUUGUCCCUAAAUUCUACUGCAGUAUUUUCGUUGAGUUUUUUGUUUGUUUGGAAUGUAACAGUUAGUAAAUGUACAUAACAGAAAGAAAUUUGUAGGCUCAGUAUUUACUGGCAUUAAUAUUAAAGUUUAGUUUGUUGGGGACAAAGACUGCG